AUUGUUAAUUGUGUUAGUACUUCUGUUCCUGUUUAGAUUGAACUUUAACUUUUCUUAAUGUUACCUUCAAUCUACCUUCCUUAAAAUAAGAAAGAAGAAAAUGUUUCUUUGCUUCUCUAGCUAUACUAUUCAUUUUCCUAUUACUUAAUUUUUUGUCAAGGUAAACGAAGACUCAAUCUUCAACCUUUGAUGAAAAUCUCAUGCACUAGCUAGUUAGGUAAGGAACUAUUAUGAAUCUAAAUUAUGAAAUAUGAACCUAACAUAGUCAAGUCUAUGAUAAGGUUGGAAAAUAACCUUAUUUUACCAAUAGCCAACUAUAUGUGGGGACAUAUAAGUUUGAAUCAAGCUUAUUUUUGAAACAAAAAAACACAGCCAGCAGCCACAAUAAUUGAAAGUCUUCAAAUAAAAUAAAAAUUCUAAUGAACAAUGCUAUAACAAUCAAACACAUGUCCAUUUAUGUGACAUUCUCAAUUCCAUUCAAAAUUCAUUCAAUUCUAUCAAAGGGAUCAUUUCUAAGAAACUUCAUAUCAAACUAUUGGAUCUAUAAAAUACCAAAAUCUCUCCCUUUUGAUUCAUACCAUUCACAACUUUGAUCCUUGUGACAACUUCAAUCUAAAAAAACAUUCACCAUCACCAUGGGAGUCACAACCUUUACACAUGAGUACUCUUCAUCCGUUGCACCAUCGCGCAUGUUCACAGCUUUGAUCGUCGACUCGAGAAAUUUGCUUCCAAAGCUCUUGCCACAGUUUGUCAAAGAUGUCAAUAUAAUUCAAGGAGAUGGAGGAGCUGGAACCAUUGAACAAGUCAACUUCAAUGAAGGUAGUCCCUUCAAAUAUCUGAAACAAAAGGUUGAUGUACUUGAUAAGGAGAAUUUGGUUUGCAAAUACACUAUGAUUGAAGGGGAUCCAUUAGGAGACAAGCUUGAAUCUAUUGCUUAUGAGGUUAAAUUUGAGGCUACUAAUGAUGGAGGUUGUUUAUGCAAAAUGGCAAGUAGUUACAAGACCAUUGGAGAUUUUGAUGUUAAAGAGGAAGAUGUAAAAGAAGGAAGAGAAAGCACUAUUGGAAUUUACAAAGUUGUGGAGUCAUAUCUGCUGGAGAAUCCACAAGUCUAUGCUUGAUUUAUUAGAUAUGAUAUACAAAUUAUUACAAACCUAUUCAAAUUUGUAUUUGUUUUUUAUUUUUUGCAACAGGCUAAUAGCCUGUUCAAAUUUGUAAUAACUGUGUGCAACCAAAUAUAGGGACAUUUAGAAUGGUUGCUAAGAGUUGAAUUCCUAAAUAAGUUCUUAUGGCAUAUGUGGCCAUAAAUGGUGGUUUGGCAAAUAUAUUUGUACAAGUUAGAAACUAUAUAUUGGACAUUUCAAUAUUUGAGCUUUUA